AUGGCGCAGCAGCUGGCCGCGUGCGCGCGGCAGCUCUUCGAGGGCGCGUCGGGCAGCGCCGAGCAGCGCGCCGCCAACGCGUGGCUCAUGCAGUUCCAGGCGCGCGAGGAGGCGUGGCAGGCGGCGCUGCAGCUGCUGGAGCGGCCUGUGCGCGACCCGGCGACGCAGCAGGGCGCGCCGGAGCUGGUGGCGAUGCAGAUCCUGCGCCUCAAGACGCAGCAGGAUUGGACGAAAAUCAGCGCCCAGCAGCAACAAGUUGUGCGGCAGACGCUGCUGCAGCUGCUGGAGAUGACGUGCGUCGACGCUGACGGCGGCCUGUCACCCGUGAGCUGCCGCCUCGCCUGCGUGACGCUGGCGGACGUUGUGGUCAAGUCGUGCAGACUCUGGUCCAGCUGGAAGAGCGACGUGCAGCGGCUCGUGGACGCGGGGACGGCCGCGCAGAGGCAGCAGAAGGGAGCGGCAGUGUUGGCAGAGAUUCUGGGGGCCAUUCCGCUGCAGAUUCUGAUGUCCGAGAACCUCUGGGCCGCGGAGGAGACGCAGGAGGUGCUGGCGGGAUUCCAGGCGGAAGGAGGAGAAGUUAUGACAGCUGUGCAGAUGAUCCUCACGAGCAUGUACGGUUUUGCGAGGAGCAGCGCUCUGCGCUGCUUAGAAGGGUGGGGUGUGGGCUGCGUUCCGACCCACGAGACAUUUGGCUUGACCGCCGCGCAGCUUUUUUCUAGCGGAUUGAUGGAGAUGUUGCUCAGCAUUGUGACCAAUGACAACGAAGACCACGCACAGUUGGCUGCAGGGAUCAUCGCCGACUCCUUUGUGCAUGCUGCAUCUGCACCAGUCUCCCAAAGUAUGACGGCCGCCGUCCUUCAUGUGGGACAAUGUUUGGUUGAUGCAAUUCCGGUUUUUCAUUCGAGCAUCCAGUACCCAAGUGGAGGAAUGAUGACGAAGGAGCAGCAGACAACCGCUUGCAGGGGUAUUUCCCAAAUUGUGUGCUCUUUAGCGAUGAAUCACGCGAGUGUCCUAUUCUCAAGCCACGUGACAGACACUCAAGGAGCAUCUGAGCAGCACCGGCUUCUCUCUAUUAAUUUCCUGGAGCUGCUGCUCGCAUGCUCCUCGUUCAAUGACAUCGAUGUGGUCCAACCCACGCUGGAGAUCUGGUUCUUCUUUCUCGAAGACAACGAUUCAGCUCAAAAUGAGGUUUCAUGGAAGCUCUUAGAUGCUACAGGCCAAGAGCAUAUUGUUAGUGUAUUGUCACGUCUGGUUAAUGCUCUGAUUGAGCGGUGCAAGUACCCGCAAUGGUUUAUUGAAAGACACGAAGUCGUAAGUGACGACCCCGUAAUCGAAGCGAUUGGUGGCUUCCGCAGGUAA